UGUCCAAUCACGAGGCCAGAUGGCUUCACAAGAUGGCGGCGCGCUGGAAGCGUAACACCUGCGUUUCUAGGACCUUCCUGCUGUGGGUGGCUUGAGAUUCUGGGGUCGCACAGGCCCACUCCAAAACACGACGUCUGCUAAGGACGUCGGCCUCAGAGAUGGCUCUGAGUAAAUCAAUGCAUGCAAGAAAUAGAUACAAGGACAAACCUCCUGACUUCGCAUAUCUGGCAUCCAAAUAUCCAGAUUUUAAACAGCAUGUUCAGAUAAAUCUGAAUGGAAGAGUGAGUCUUAAUUUUAAAGACCCUGAAGCAGUCAGAGCUCUGACUUGUACUCUCCUGAGGGAAGAUUUUGGACUUUCUAUUGAUAUUCCAUUGGAGAGACUAAUUCCCACAGUUCCCUUGAGACUCAACUAUAUUCACUGGGUGGAAGAUCUGAUUGGUCACCAGGACUCUGACAAAAGUACUGUGCGAAGAGGAAUUGACAUAGGUACGGGGGCAUCCUGCAUCUAUCCCUUACUUGGAGCAACCUUAAACGGCUGGUAUUUCCUUGCAACAGAAGUGGAUGACAUGUGUUUCAACUAUGCAAAGAAAAACGUGGAGCAGAAUAACUUAUCUGAUCUCAUCAAAGUGGUAAAAGUGCCACAGAAGACACUCCUGAUGGAUGCUCUCAAAGAAGAAUCUGAGAUAAUCUAUGACUUUUGUAUGUGUAAUCCUCCCUUUUUUGCCAAUCAGUUGGAAGCUAAGGGAGUAAAUUCUCGAAAUCCUCGAAGACCUCCACCUAGUUCUGUAAAUACAGGAGGUAUCACAGAGAUCAUGGCAGAAGGAGGUGAAUUAGAGUUUGUUAAAAGGAUUAUUCAUGAUAGUUUACAACUUAAAAAAAGAUUAAGGUGGUAUAGCUGUAUGCUAGGAAAGAAAUGCAGCCUGGCACCUCUGAAGGAAGAGCUUCGCAUACAAGGGGUUCCUAAAGUCACCUACACUGAAUUCUGUCAAGGUCGAACAAUGAGAUGGGCCUUAGCUUGGAGUUUUUAUGAUGAUGUCACAGUCCCAUCACCACCAAGUAAGCGAAGAAAAUUAGAGAAGCCAAGGAAACCCAUUACAUUUGUCGUGUUGGCAUCUGUGAUGAAAGAAUUAUCCCUCAAAGCUUCAUCUUUGGGUUCUGAAACAGUAGAAGGCAUUGUAGUCGUCACAACAUGGAUCGAAAAAAUUCUCACCGAUCUGAAGGUCCAGCAUAAACGAGUUCCCUGUGGAAAAGAGGAACUUAGCCUUUUCCUAACAGCCAUAGAAAACUCUUGGAUUCAUUUAAGGAGAAAGAGAAGAGAGCGAGUGAGACAAUUGAGAGAAGUUCCUAGAGCUCCUGAGGAUGUCAUCCAAGCCUUGGAAGAGAAAAAGUCCACCCCUAAAGAGUCUGGCAAUAGCCAAGAAUUAGUCAAGGAUUCCCAGGAAAGCAUCCUGUGUGGGCCUGCACCUGGGGAAGGCGAGCCUGCCACUGUUGAGGGCCAUUGCCCACAUCAGGAGUCGUUCUGCCAGGAGGAAAACGCAGAACCCAUGGAGGAUGAAAGGAGUGAGGAAAAGGGAGGGAUGGAGGUUUUGGAAGGUUGUAAAGGCUCUAGCAAUGGAGCCCAGGACCAAGAGGUUUCUGAGCAGUUCAGCAACUCAGCAGCUGAAAGAGGAAAAGAUCUCCAAGGAGUGGCUGGACAGUACCUGUUUAAGUGUUUGAUAAAUGUUAAGAAGGAGGUGGAUGAUACCUUAGUUGAAAUGCAUUGGGUGGAGGGCCAGAACAGGGAUUUGAUGAACCAGCUUUGCACCUACAUACGUAACCAAAUUUUUAGACUUGUGGCUAGUUAAUGCCGACUCCUGGCACAGCUGAACAGUGUCUAUAAAGCAACUUCCUUUGGAGUGUCCUCUAGGGUGGCAAGAGGAAUUCUAUCACUGGCCCAUUAGAAACAUUAUGUGGUGUUAAAAAAAAAAAA